GCGCGCAGCUUUAGUCCCCGCCCCUGGAGCCGGCGGCGCAGGGCGCAGCUUCCCGCCGCCAGAGCGGGCCAGCCUGCUGCGUGCGUGCGUGCGUGUGUACGACUCUGCGUGCGUGCGUGCGUGCGUGCGUGCCGUCAGCUCGCCGGGCACCGCGGCCUCACCCUCGCCCUCCGCCCCUGCGCUUGCACCGCGUAGACCGACCCCCCCAGCGCGCCCACCCCGUAGAGGACCCCCGCCCGUGCCCCGACUGGUCCCCGCCUUUUUGUAAAACUUAAAGCGGGCGCAGCAUUAACGCUUCCCGCCCCGGUGACCUCUCAGGGGUCUCCCCGCCAAAGGUGCUCCGCCGCUAAGGAACAUGGCGAAGGUGGAGCAGGUCCUGAGCCUCGAGCCGCAGCACGAGCUCAAAUUCCGAGGCCCCUUUCAGGCUGUUAUCAGCAUAGCAUAUCCAGGAUUGCUUUGGCCUUGCUCAGUGGGUCCCUUCACCGAUGUUGUCACCACCAACCUAAAGCUUGGCAACCCGACAGACCGAAAUGUGUGUUUUAAGGUGAAGACUACAGCACCACGUAGGUACUGUGUGAGGCCCAACAGCGGAAUCAUCGAUGCAGGGGCCUCAAUUAAUGUAUCUGUGAUGUUACAGCCUUUCGAUUAUGAUCCCAAUGAGAAAAGUAAACACAAGUUUAUGGUUCAGUCUAUGUUUGCUCCAACUGACACUUCAGAUAUGGAAGCAGUAUGGAAGGAGGCAAAACCGGAAGACCUUAUGGAUUCAAAACUUAGAUGUGUGUUUGAAUUGCCAGCAGAGAAUGAUAAACCACAUGAUGUAGAAAUAAAUAAAAUUAUAUCCACAACUGCAUCAAAGACAGAAACACCAAUAGUGUCUAAGUCUCUGAGUUCUUCUUUGGAUGACACCGAAGUUAAGAAGGUUAUGGAAGAAUGUAAGAGGCUGCAAGGUGAAGUUCAGAGGCUACGGGAGGAGAACAAGCAGUUCAAGGAAGAAGAUGGACUGCGGAUGAGGAAGACAGUGCAGAGCAACAGCCCCAUUUCAGCAUUAGCCCCAACUGGGAAGGAAGAAGGCCUUAGCACCCGGCUCUUGGCUCUGGUGGUUUUGUUCUUUAUCGUUGGUGUAAUUAUUGGGAAGAUUGCCUUGUAGAGGUAGCAUGCACAGGAUGGUAAAUUGGAUUGAUGGAUCCACCAUAUCAUGGGAUUUAAAUUUAUCAUAACCAUGUGUAAAAAGAAAUUAAUGUAUGAUGACAUCUCACAGGUCUUGCCUUUAAAUUACCCCUCCCUGCACACACAUACACAGAUACACACACAUAAAUAUAAUGUAACGAUCUUUUAGAAAGUUAAAAAUGUGUAGUAACUGAUUGAGGGGGAAAAGAAUGAUCUUUAUUAAUGACAAGGGAAACCAUGAGUAAUGCCACAAUGGUAUAUUGUAAAUGUCAUUUUAAACAUUGGUAGGCCUUGGUACAUGAUGCUGGAUUACCUCUCUUAAAAUGACACCCUUCCUCGCCUGUUGGUGCUGGCCCUUGGGGAGCUGGAGCCCAGCAUGGUGGGGAGUGCGGUCAGCUCCACACAGUAGUCCCCACGUGGCCCACUCCCGGCCCAGGCUGCUUUCCGUGUCUUCAGUUCUGUCCAAGCCAUCAGCUCCUUGGGACUGAUGAACAGAGUCAGAAGCCCAAAGGAAUUGCACUGUGGCAGCAUCAGACGUACUCGUCAUAAGUGAGAGGCGUGUGUUGACUGAUUGACCCAGCGCUUUGGAAAUAAAUGGCAGUGCUUUGUUCACUUAAAGGGACCAAGCUAAAUUUGUAUUGGUUCAUGUAGUGAAGUCAAACUGUUACUCAGAGAUGUUUAAUGCAUAUUUAACUUAUUUAAUGUAUUUCAUCUCAUGUUUUCUUAUUGUCACAAGAGUACAGUUAAUGCUGCGUGCUGCCGAACUCUGUUGGGUGAACUGGUAUUGCUGCUGGAGGGCUGUGGGCUCCUCUGUCUCUGGAGAGUCUGGUCAUGUGGAGGUGGGGUUUAUUGGAAUGUUGGAGAAGAGCUGCCAGGAAGUGUUUUUUCUGGGUCAGUAAAUAACAACUGUCAUAGGGAGGGAAAUUCUCAGUAGUGACAGUCAACUCUAGGUUACCUUUUUUAAUGAAGAGUAGUCAGUCUUCUAGAUUGUUCUUAUACCACCUCUCAACCAUUACUCACACUUCCAGCGCCCAGGCCCAAGUCUGAGCCUGACCUCCCCUUGGGGACCUAGCCUGGAGUCAGGACAAAUGGAUCGGGCUGCAGAGGGUUAGAAGCGAGGGCACCAGCAGUUGUGGGUGGGGAGCAAGGGAAGAGAGAAACUCUUCAGCGAAUCCUUCUAGUACUAGUUGAGAGUUUGACUGUGAAUUAAUUUUAUGCCAUAAAAGACCAACCCAGUUCUGUUUGACUAUGUAGCAUCUUGAAAAGAAAAAUUAUAAUAAAGCCCCAAAAUUAAGAA